CGGAGUCUGGGCAGCUGCGGGCGCAGCCGGGGGCUCUCCCGACCGGUUGGCGCCCGCGCGGGAUGAGGGCCCCGGCGCUGCUGACUUGCUGCUGCUGCUGCUGCUGGCUGCUGGCCCCCGUGAACAGCAUUCAUCCAGAGUGCCGAUUUCAUCUGGAAAUACAAGAGGAAGAAACAAAAUGUUCAGAGCUUCUAAGCACUCAAACAGAAAAGCACAAAGCAUGCCCUGGCAUCUGGGACAACCUCACAUGCUGGCGCCCUGCAGACCUGGGGGAGACGGUCACCGUGCCCUGCCCCCCAGUGUUCAGCAACUUCUACACCAAGCCAGGAAACAUAAGCAAAAACUGCACCAGUGAUGGAUGGUCCGAGACAUUCCCAGAUUUCAUAGACGCGUGUGGCUACAGUGACCUGGAGGAUGAGAGCAAGAUGACAUUUUAUGUUCUGGUGAAGGCCAUUUACACCCUGGGCUACAGUGUCUCGCUGAUGUCUCUUGCAACCGGAAGCAUAAUUCUUUGCCUCUUCAGGAAGCUGCACUGUACCAGGAACUACAUCCACCUGAACCUCUUCCUCUCCUUCAUUCUGAGAGCUGUCUCUGUGCUGGUCAAGGACGACAUCCUCUACUCCAGCUCCGGCACACUGCACUGCCCCAACCAGCCCUCCUCUUGGGUUGGCUGCAAGCUCAGCCUGGUCUUCUUCCAGUACUGCAUCAUGGCCAACUUCUACUGGCUGCUGGUGGAAGGGCUCUACCUGCACACACUCCUGGUGGCCAUCUUCUCCCCCAGCAGAUGCUUCCUGGCCUACCUGCUCAUUGGGUGGGGCAUCCCCACCAUCUGCAUCGGAGUGUGGACAGCUGCCCGGCUCUCUUUAGAAGACACAGGUUGCUGGGACACAAACGAGCACAGCAUUCCCUGGUGGGUGAUCCGGACACCCAUCCUGGUCUCCAUCCUAGUCAACUUUGUGCUGUUCGUCAGUAUCAUAAGGAUUUUACUGCAGAAGCUGACAUCCCCGGAUGUGGGCGGCAAUGACCAGUCCCAGUACAAGCGGCUGGCCAAGUCUACACUGCUGCUCAUACCGCUGUUUGGUGUGCACUACAUGGUGUUUGCAGCCUUCCCCAACGGCAUCUCUGCCCAGUACCAGAUCCUGUUUGAACUGUGUGUCGGAUCCUUCCAGGGCCUGGUGGUGGCAGUGCUCUACUGCUUCCUGAACAGCGAGGUGCAGUGUGAGCUGAAGAGAAGGUGGCGUGGCCUGUGCCUGACGCAGCCUGGGAGCCGAAACUAUCGGCUGCACAGCUGGUCCAUUUCCCAGCAUGGUUCAGAGAGCGCCCUGCAGGGGCACCGGGGCUCCCGCACACAGUCCUUCCUGCAGACAGAGACCUCAGUCCUGUAGCCAUGUCCUGCAGUGUGUGGCUUCCUCCUGCUGCCCCACUGCCAUCACUGGGCCAACCUGAACUUGCCUACCCGCAACAUAAUCUGCUCCUCAGCUCAGCACUGUGUAUGGAACAGGCAGCAUCAUAGUGGACUUGAUGUAAGUGCUCAUUGUUGUUAAGUGGCAGCAUUUAGAUUGUUUCGCUUAUAAUGUUGCUCAGCUGUAUAGGUAAAUCCACUUGCACCAUGAACAGAGGAGACCAAGCCCUAAAGGUCAAAACCACAUCUGUGGCCUAGAGCUGUGGCCAGAGGGGGCAAAUUGUUCUUAGGUUGCUGUCUCCGCCCAGCAUGGGUUUUAUGCUGGGACCUGAGCUGGACGUUGUGCUCUGGCCCCCAUACUCUGGGCAGAAGCUGAGUCUUCAAGCUACAACAGACCAGAUGCAGUUAGCACGAGCAGUGCCCUGCCCUCCCUCUCUCCUGACCCAUGACCACGUCCCUCUAAGGCCUCUGUACCCAGCAUCUCAGCCUGACCGCCAAGGGACAAGAUGACUGGAGGAGGGCCAGGCCCAACCCUAAUCCUGCAUUGGUAGAAUGAUAGGGACAGGUGUUACCUGGGGACAAAAGAAAACCUGUUCUAAUUUUGA